CUUCACCGGAGCAAGCAUUCUCGAAAGAAAGGAGGCCAGUGGGCACCGUAGAGCUCCCGGACGGCCCAUGCAUCAUGUGUGGAUUGGCGAUGGCCGUGGUCGACUGACGUAUCCAGAGCCUCAGAUACUCACCGCUGGUAGGCUUUGCUGAUGACACAGUCAUUACGUGGUCAUCUCAUUUCAUUGUUGCUGUGCUUUGCCUCAAUGACAGCAGAUAGCCCCGACGAGUGGCCAAUGCAUCCCUCCCUCGUGUGCAGAUGAGUGGCCAGACGGGGGCGGCCAAGCAGGAUACUCUGUCACUGACUGACCCAUACCUGUCCAUCACAUCGCCUGGUGAGCAAGGACAGACCCGCUGCCAUCACACCAUCACACAUGUGCUUUGUCUUCAGCCUUGGUACAAUGAUGGCGGCGCAACCUGCACAAGCAUCAUCGUCGUCAUCAGCUGCAGCAGCGGCACCAGCACCACAUGUAUGUGGGCAGCUGACACACACACACACACACACACAGUGUGUCAUCCUUUAAUGAGCUCUGCCUACGUCGGUCGUUUGUUCGUUUCACCAGGGGGCGCCAUGCCGUGGGCCGUGUGGUUACCAGAAGGGCAGUCGUGUGUGGGUGGUGACGGAGAAGCGGGACGAGGGCGAGCAGGAGUGGGUCAAGGCGGACGUCUACCGCAUCGACGGGAGGACGGUGUACAUGCGGGAGGUGGGCGGCGGGGAGGGCUUCAAAGUCACUGUGCCGACCAAGACCAUUCCGCCCACAGAGCUGACGCCACACGCGGUGAGCAAAUGAACGACAAGAUGAUUGACCCACUGGUCCACUCAUGUUUCCGUUCUGUCUGAGUGCAGGUGUGUGACGGCUUCCGUUAUCUCCGCUCAGGGACGCCGCUCAAGGAAACACACUACGGCAGCAAGAAGGUACACACACACACCCCUACACUCACAGCACACGGAUGUCCGGUCUGUUCACCGUUCAUCAUUCCUUCCCCUCUCCCCCUGUCAGGCCGUUGACCGUCUCGGCAAUGACGAGUUGGCAUCGCUGUUCGGCUUUUUCAGCCCUUGCGAGCUGUCCGCCCUCUUCUCACACCGCUCCCCCGUCCGCAACGGAGCUGUCCAGCAGCACAGCCACAUCACCAUCGACGCAUCCACGCCCGCCGAGUGUCAGUUUUGGACCAGCACGACCACACAGGACGCCUUCAAGCUCGGCAGACGGCUGACCAAUCUGACGUCCGCUCACGUGGUGCAGCCACACACCCAUCUGGAAUGGUGCGUGAAGACAUUGACGGCCGUCGUGGAGGGCCAUGCUGCGGGCCGCCGGGCGGCGCGGGAGAGGGAGAGCUCCAUCGAGUCCAUCCACUUCAGCUGCCCGACCGACGUCCGUGCCGGCCAGGUGUCCAUCCCGGCCCCGGCAUCCUUCUCUCCCCCUCCCCUCUCCCCGUGUCCAGCUGCCGUCCCUCAAGAGCAUCACGGGCCUUCGUGA